CGUAGUUGAAGCAUUCUAAAGAUCCAAGCUACAUCAAACUUGCCAACAUGGGUGCCAACCAGUCUCGGCCAUCAGAUGCUGCCAUCAACGAGAAGCUGAUCGAGCGGCUGCAAGCUCUCCACAUCAAGGACGAGCAACGAAGCACCAGCGAGAAGGAUGGUUUUGUAGUCGUUGGUGGUGAAGCUCCUCCAAAGUACACUCCGAUCACCAGGUAUCAACAAAAUGUAUCUGCCGCGGCUGUGGAGGAGUGGGAGAAGGAGCUCAUGGAAGACCCAAAGAACCGUCUUGCUCUAGCAGCUCUCAGCUCGAACAACGCCAACGCCGUCCUCUCCUCACGAUCAGCCGUCAUCUCCGAUACACAGAAAUUCAACAUCAAGAUACCACUUGAAGGCUCACCCAUCACAAAUCAAGCACAAUCUGGAAGAUGCUGGCUGUUCGCAUCGACAAACGUCUUUCGCGUUGCCAUUAUGAAGAAGUACAAGCUUUCAGAGUUCCAGCUGUCGCAGGCUUAUCUGUUCUAUUGGGACAAGAUUGAGAAGGCAAACUACUUCUUGGAGAGCAUACUCGACACCACAUCUGAAGAGAUUGAUAGCCGGCUUACACAGGCACUCAUGGAAAGCCCAGUCAGUGAUGGUGGACAAUGGGACAUGGUCGUGAACCUUAUAGCCAAGUACGGCCUUGUACCCCACUCGCUGUACCCCGACUCGUUCAACGCCUCAAGCUCCUCGACCAUGGAUCGACUAAUCACCACAAAGCUCCGAGAGGACGCCGUCCGCCUCCGAUCGAUUGCUACUAGUAAUGCAUCUGUAGAGGUCAAGAAGGCUACCAUCUCGAACGAGAAGGAGAAGAUGCUCAAGGAAAUCCAUCUCAUCUUGACGUUGAUGUUAGGACCCCCGCCACCACCAAACGCGGCAUUCACAUGGGAGUACUAUGACAAAGACAACAACCUUUGCACUCUUCGUACUCGACCCACAGCAUUCGCCAAAGAGCUCUCGGACAGCAGGACUGUACGAGCACUUGGAGGGACUGACGUCCACCAGCUAUUCUCCCUGGUCAACGACCCUCGUAACCCAUACAACAGGCUGCUUAGCGUGAAGCGUCUCGGAAACGUGUACGGCGGACGCCCAGUAACAUACGUCAACGUGGACAUGAAGACCAUCAAGGAAGCCUGCAUCGCCAUGUUGAAGCGCGGCAUUCCCGUCUUCUUCGGUUCAGAUGUAGGCAAGUACUCCGACUCAACAAAGGGCAUCAUGGACACCGCCCUGUACGAGUACGAACUCGGCUUCAACAUCAAGCUCGGCAUGUCAAAGGCCGAGCGCUUGCAGACGGGCGAGUCUCAAAUGACACAUGCUAUGGUGCUUACGGCGGUGCAUGUCGUUGACGGUAAGCCGGUGAGGUGGAGGGUAGAGAAUUCGUGGAGUGACCGUGUUGGUGACAAGGGCUAUUUUGUCAUGUCUGAUGCUUGGAUGGAUGAGUUUGUAUACCAGGCUGUUGUUGACCCGAGCGUUGUUAGCUCGGCGGUUAAGAAGGUCCUUGAGCAGAAGCCGAAGAUGCUGGAGCUUUGGGAUCCUAUGGGCGCGUUGGCUUGAUUGAUGUUUAAGAUACCGACAUAUAUGAACUGAUACAUUUCUUUUUGAGUACUAAGUCUAUACGAUUUGGAGCGAAAUUUAUUUUGUGAUUAGCUGUUCAU